CGGUCGCUCGCGCUCCCUUUUGACAGCUGCGCGUCGUUCGCUCUCCCUUCGGGUGGCACGUGAGGCGCGCCUUGGUCGCGGGUAUCCCAGCGGGGUUGCCUGUCUAGGGGGCAGGGAGGGGGAGGAGGAGGAGGAGGAGGAAGGUGGCUUUCCAGAGCGGCCUCUCCGAUGACCCUCCGUUUACUGCGGGGCCGGCGCUAUGGCUGCUCUAUACCAGAGUGCAGACCCAUCGGCCUCGGCUUCCCCGAACAAGCUGCUGACGUUGAAGGACGUCCGGCAGGUGAAGGAGGAGACCACCCUGGACGAGAAACUGUUCCUGCUGGCUUGCGACAAAGGUGAUUAUUACAUGGUGAAGAAACUUUUAGAAGAGAAUAAUUCUGGUGAGAUGAACAUAAAUUGUGUGGAUGUACUUGGGAGAAAUGCUGUUACCAUAAGUAUUGAAAAUGAGAAUCUAGACAUUCUACAGCUUCUGUUGGAUUAUGGCUGUCAGUCUACAGAUGCAUUAUUGGUGGCCAUUGAUUCAGAAGUUGUGGGAGCUGUUGAUAUAUUACUUAAUCAUCGACCAAAGCGAUCCAGUAGACCAACAAUUGUUACUUUUGUCUGUCUGUUGCAGAAAUUAAUGGAACGUAUUCAGAAUCCAGAAUAUUCAACAACUAUGGAUGUGGCACCGGUCAUUUUAGCUGCUCACCGUAACAACUAUGAAAUUCUUACAAUGCUCUUAAAACAGGAUGUGUCACUACCCAAACCUCAUGCUGUGGGAUGUGAAUGUACAUUGUGUACAGCCAAGAACAAAAAAGAUAGUUUACGUCACUCCAGAUUUCGUCUUGAUAUUUAUCGAUGUUUGGCUAGUCCUGCUUUAAUAAUGUUGACAGAAGAGGAUCCAAUUCUGAGAGCCUUUGAACUUAGUGCAGACUUAAGAGAAUUAAGCCUUGUAGAAGUUGAAUUCAGAAAUGAUUAUGAAGAACUGGCUCAGCAGUGCAAAACCUUUGCUAAAGAUUUGCUUGCUCAGGCACGGAAUUCCCGGGAGCUUGAAGUUAUAUUGAAUCAUACUGCAAGUGAUGAACAUGUGGAUAAACGAGGAUUACUAGAAGAGAGAAUGAAUUUGAGUCGCCUAAAGCUUGCCAUUAAGUAUAACCAAAAGGAAUUUGUUUCUCAAUCUAAUUGCCAGCAGUUUCUCAAUACUGUCUGGUUUGGACAAAUGGCUGGUUAUCGCCGCAAGCAUACAUUUAAGAAGAUUUUGACAGUCUUGACAGUUGGCAUCCUUUGGCCUCUACUAUCUUUUUGUUAUUUAUUGGCACCAAGAUCUCAAAUAGGCAGAAUAAUUCAUACUCCUUUUAUGAAAUUUAUCAUUCAUGGAGCUUCUUAUUUUACAUUUUUGUUAUUACUUAAUUUGUACUCACUUGUCUACAAUGAAGAUAAAAAAAAUACAAUGGGACCAGCAUUAGAGAGAAUAGAUUAUCUUCUAUUACUGUGGCUCAUUGGAAUGGUAUGGUCAGAUGUUAAAAGACUUUGGUAUGAUGGCUUGGAAGACUUUUUAGAAGAAUCACGAAAUCAACUUAGUUUUGUCAUGAAUUCUUUGUAUUUGGCAACUUUUGCUCUCAAAGUAGUUGCCCAUAAUAAGUUCCAUGAUUUUGCUGAGAGGAAGGAUUGGGAUGCUUUCCAUCCUACGCUUGUGGCUGAAGGACUCUUUGCUUUUGCUAAUGUUCUCAGUUAUCUUCGACUGUUCUUCAUGUAUACAACAAGCUCCAUCCUGGGUCCACUUCAGAUUUCAAUGGGGCAGAUGUUGCAAGAUUUUGGGAAAUUUCUUGGUAUGUUCCUUUUGGUAUUGUUCUCAUUCACGAUUGGGUUGACUCAACUUUAUGAUAAAGGAUUUACUGUCCAAGAAGAGAAGGACUGUGCUGGGAUUUUUUGUGAGCAGCAAAGCAAUGACACAUUCCACUCGUUUAUUGGCACCUGCUUUGCUCUGUUUUGGUAUAUCUUCUCCCUUGCACAUGUAGCUAUAUUUGUUACCAGAUUUAAUUAUGGUGAAGAAUUGCAGUCUUUUGUGGGUGCUGUUAUUGUUGGCACAUAUAAUGUAGUAGUUGUGAUUGUUCUUACCAAGCUUUUAGUGGCAAUGCUUCAUAAAAGUUUUCAGCUAAUAGCAAAUCAUGAGGAUAAGGAAUGGAAGUUUGCUCGUGCAAAGCUCUGGCUUAGCUAUUUCGAUGAUAAAUGCACACAACCUCCACCUUUCAAUAUUAUUCCUGCUCCCAAAACAAUCUGCUACAUAUUUAAUAGUCUCAGUAAAUGGAUUUCUUCUCACACGUCAUCAGGCAAAGUUAAGCGGCAGAACAGUUUAAAGGAGUGGAGAAAUUUGAAGCAAAAGAGAGAUGAAAAUUACCAAAAGGUGAUGUGUUGUUUAGUCCAUCGUUACUUGACUUCCAUGAGACAGAGAAUGCAAAGUACUGAUCAGGCAACAGUAGAAAACCUGAAUGAACUCAGACAAGAUUUAUCAAAAUUCCGAAAUGAAAUAAGAGACUUGCUUGGUUUUCGGACAUCAAAAUAUGCUAUAUUUUAUCAAAGAAACUAAUUUUCAAACUUUUCUAAUGAUUCCACUCAGGCACCUACAUUUGCAGUAUGUUGGGUAGGGAGAGAAUCUGGUUCAAAAGCAGUAAUUUUAUUAAUAUAUUUUUAAAAUGCAAUGGAAAAACUGUUGCCAGAUUCUGUUGUGAAACAGUAACUGGUGAUUUUGAAUUAAUGUGAAGCUUUUGAUGUAUAUAAUUUGUAAACUGUAUAGUCAGCUAAAUGGAAAUAUUUUGUUAUAUGUCAAAUUUGAUAUUCUCAUCAUAUGGACAUUGACUAAUUUAUGUGUACACUAUUGCACUUUUGAGAAGGGGAUGUUUAAUUUUUUCCUCUUUCAAGUAUAAAAUGAAGGCACAAAUUAAUUUUGACAUGUUUUAAACAAUUGUACCUUUCUAAAUUAAUAUAAGCAUCGACCAGUUAUGAGCAUAUUUUUAAAAACUACAUUUCUGAAAACUGUCAAAUUAGGUUAAUAUAAUACCAUUUUAAAAGAAUUCUUUUGGAGUUGGAAUAAUAUUGAAAGGCCGUAUUGCCAUCCCUGUAACAUUGUGAUCCUCAAAGACUGAUGAAUGAUACCAAAGAAUUUAAUACUUUGGAAUUGACUUUAUGAUUUCUUUCUUUCUUCUUUCUUUUUUGUAAAAUGAUGGCUGACAAAAUUUCAUAAUUGAAGGUGCCAUUUUUAUCUAUAUCUCUAGCAUCUAUUUAUAUCACAUUAUUUCCAAGAUGCAAUACUUGAAAUAAUGAAAUUUCAACAUUCUUACUCCUUUAGAUCAGUGGUCCCCAACCUUUUUAUCGCCGCGGCCCGCUGAGCGCGCGCAGGGGUGGGGGCACGGCCCAGGAGCUUUUGCGCACGGCCCAUUGCGCACGGCCCAGGAGCCUUUGCGCUGCAGCGUUCAUGUCCCCCGGCCGCUGCGCGGCCCGGUGCCAGGUACUCCACGGCCCGGCACCGGUCCGCGGACCGGGGGUUGGGGACCACUGCUUUAGAUAAUUCAGCAGCAUUAGAUGGAAGCGUGGUACUUCUGUUAACUGUAUUAGUUACUAUAAGAAUUAAUUUUCAUUAUAAAAGUAAUAUUGAAAUAUUUUAUCCUCUUAAAAUAUUUAUAGUAAAACAUUUUACUAGUAUUAUGGGCCAAGUAAAGUGCAACAAACAUAUUUUCACUGUUUUCAUUGAAAGCAUACCAUAUUUAACCAGAUUACCUGCUCCAUUUUGCAAAAAAUACUUUUUGAAGUCAUCAUUUGUUUAAGUCUCAUACUUAUUUUUUAAAUAUAUUUUAUGUUGGAGUGUCUUAAUGUAUAUAUUGAUACCCAGUUUAUGUUUAUUUAUUUUGUAAAUAUAGUAAUUGAUUAUUUCCAUUAAAUUCUGCAAACUAUGGCUAACAGGUGCUGGUCAUCUAAGUAAUUGCUAAAAAAUUGGAAAUAAAGAGAAUGAAAUUUAAAUAAAAUAUUUCUUCUGAGGCUUUUUAAAUACCUACCCCAACCUAUACAAAUUAUUUUUGCACCACAGAAUUAUCGAAAGUAAUAUGAUUAUAAAGUUGAUUCUUUUGAAUUGUCUGUGUAUUCCAUUUGUAUAAUAACCUGAACUUAUUAUCCCCCAAAAGAAAAUGAAUUUUUGGAUUAGAAAUUGAAGACUUUUAUUUAAACACUAUUUAAGUGCACUAUUUUGUAUUGUAUCAUUUAUCUUGUCAGUUGAACAGUAUAGAAAUAAAUCGGCAAUUUGGUAAAAAAAAGUAAUACUAA